GAUCUGGCGGAAGACAAUCGUGCGCGUGCCGUGGAGAAGUUUUCGGAAAGGCUACCGAGACGCUGGCGGCCGUUGCGCAGUCAGUAGUACCUCAGCCGGGCGAGGGCGAUCGAACCAGACGGCAGCUGACGGCUGGCUUGAAUCAGAGGCAGGGGAUAGAGGGAGAUAUUGGUUUUGGGGAAGGGAAAAGUCGCAUGGGGGUGGAGUUGGAGGAGGCAAAAACCAGAGUGGAGCAUGGGAGCAUGGGAACGAGCAUGGGAGCCGGCAUGCGAAGAAGCAUGGACAUAGAGGUACAAGGCGCAGGGACAGGAGGGUUGGGGGCAUGGCCAUGGCAAGAAGCAUGGGCGGCGGCACAGCGACAAAUGCGGAACGGCGGAGACCUCUGGUACCAGCCUUGGGACCUUGAAUACCUUAACAAGCGACCUGGGCGGCAGAAGCGGCGGCGGACCACAGGCGACGGGCGACGGAGGACGGACGGCGAGGAGCGACGGAGCAGGAACGACAGGCUGGCCAGCAGCAUGUGUGCGACUCCGACAAAGUCAAUGAACACGGUCCACGGCGUUGAAGGUUGGAGCAUGGAGCAUGGAGCAUAUGCUGAGAUGGUGGUUGGAAGUGGUCCUUGCGCCGAGUGUAUAGCAGUUGUACCACGCAUUUGCACCAUCCGGCCCAUGUUCCCCCCCCCCACCGCUGCAGCCCACUCGAGGCUCGUCAGACAGCCAAGGCCUGAUUUGUAGAGCAGCCAAGGGAAAAGAAAUGAGGUGAAGGACAGACGCAUCAGCAGUGCAUGCCCUAUCUCCACAUUGCCUAUACAAGGACCGGAC